UUCAGUUGAAGAACGUACCCUUUGAAUGUUCCCUGAGAAAGGUCGUGUUAACGGUACGCUGCCUUUUCGCUGAUUAGUCCGUGGGAUUCAUCAAUAAUGCGUAACAAUAAGGAUUGGCUCAGUCCUACGGUCAAGUUAAACGACAUUCCCAUCCUAGCUUCAAUCACUUGUCUAUCCAUCUGCCCCAACUUUUUGGACGGGAACAAAGAACGGCCGAAUUUUUUCUACCGUCUCUUCCACACUUGUCGGGAGCUGCAGCACUUAGAUGUCUCUUGUGCUUCGUCGGUGCUACUCACCGACUUCCUUGGUUCCCUCUGUGUCGCACCUCGGCUGCAUUCGUUCGUGCUCACUAGGCCUCGAAAAGUGAAUGAAGGCGAUUUCACAAAGGCCGCGAUGCGUGCGGCGAGAAUGCAUCAUGACUUGCGCGAGUUCACAUUCCGGGAUGUGAAUCCUUGGGACCAUUGGGACUAUCUGACUAUCUUAACGGGACAUUCAGGACGAAGAGCAUAGGAACCUACGUCGUUGUGCGCGACGGUAUUUCGCUACCAUUUGUUCACGCAUGAGAGGCGGGCAUCAAUGCUAUGGGUCGACGCUAUACGCGUACAUUCAAUCGCAAUCUUUCGGCGGGUCCGAUGUUUCCUGUAGGUUGAAGGUCGCUACUAUCAUUAUAGUUAGUCGUAUACACACGACCAAUACAUGUCUAUUACUUGAUGAG